ACACCUAAAUCUACUGUGUCAGGUACCAGUGAAGUGGAAGACAUUGAUGUGUUCUGUAGUGAUGGAGGAAAUGUCACUCUGCCCUGCAGUGAUGCUCAUCCUGACUGCACAUUAACAACAUGGCUGUAUUAUAAUGACAGCAAAACUGGAGUUGUUCUGUUUACUAAAGGAAUAAAGAUGAUGGACCAUGAAAGACUGAGUCUGGGGUCUGACUGCUCUCUGAACAUCUAUAAAACCACAAAAGAAGAUCAUGGGGUUUACACCUGCAGGAAACAAGUGAUUAGAAAUGAUUCAUACACUGAUGUCAAUGUUUAUAUGAAUGUUCUUCAUGUGGCUUUAUCCUCCACAAAGACUGAGAUUAAAGCAGGCAGCUCUGUCACUCUCUCCUGUCAAUUGUAUUUAUAUGAUGGAUAUUAUUGUGAGCGUUUGCUUUAUAAGUAUGGAUUUCAGAUGAUCUGGGUGAAUGAGUCUGAUGUUAAUCUACAAUCAGACUCCAGAUAUCAGAUCUCAUCUUCAACAAAACACUGUAACAGCAGUCUGACUACAACACUCCUGAAUGAAGACAACAACAGAGAGUUGAGAUGUCAGAUUAUUACAGGAACCUCAAAAGUUAAGACCUCAGCCGGAUACACUGUCAAGUAUUCGGAUUCAGCAAACAGUAAGACUGUGACUGGAUUAUUAUUAAGAGUGAUUAUUUUUAUCGUUGAGGUUGCAGUACUUACAGCACCUACUGUUAUUCUUCUCUUGAUCAUCUGUGAAAGGAGAUCUGGGCGAGAACCACACACGUCCGGGCACCAGCCACACUUCAGCAGACGUUGGGAGAGAGGUAGGAGGGCACACUGGAAACUGGGCGAAAGCCACACACAUUCGGGCACCAGCCACACUUCAACAGAUGGUGGGAGAGAUAUAAGAACUCACACUGGAGAGCGAGUGAAAUCCACAACUCGCCUGGGCACAACACCACACUCGGCAGGUGAGGGGAGUGGUCCUGUGGCGGGCAGAGAGAGCAUUAGAGGUGCUGAGUUCUGGACAGAGAGAAGCUGCACAGCUCCCGAGGUGAAGGACCGCCCUGCUGGACAGCGGCAAAGUCGCGGUGAGAAUCCUCUGCAUGUCUUUAAUGAGAAGAAUGAAACAGAGGAUAACUGA